CUUUUAUUUUUAUCUGCCUCUUUUCCUGGCUGCUCUCUCUCUCGCUUCCUCUAUCCAGCGCUGCUAUUUUCUCAUUCAGUCCACCAGAGGAAAUUAUUAGCUAAAGGCAUGUGAUGAGAGCGACGGACUAAAUAAUUGAUUGUGUUCUCGUCUUUCAAGCGAACUGGGCUCAAUAACUGGAGAGUGUUGAUCAUUUACCUCACUACGUGGCUGUUGACUGUUAAGUUAUUUUACUGGAUGCUGCUGUGGUGUUUCUGUGUCGCUAAUAGCCGACCAGAGACACCGUGUUCCAUGCCUCUCCUCUGCCGGGGCCUCGUCAUUGAUGGGCAACCACUUGGACCGUAUCACCCAUCUCAGCUACAGCGAGCUGCCAACCGGCGAUCCGUCCGGAGUGGAGAAAGAGGAACUCAGGGUCGGCGUAGCCUACUUCUUCUCCGACGAAGAGGAAGAGGUGGACGACGGAGGAGGAGGAGGAGGCGGUUACAUCAAGGACCCUUGCCCCAGCCAGGAGGGCCCCGGGGCGGUCAGCGAGCUGGAGUACUCCGCCUUCUGCUCCCAGGAAUGCAUCUUCUCCAAGCUCCGCGAAAACCAGGACUUGAAUGUGUACUCCGCCAAAACGUUGCUCUCCAUGUGCUCUCCAGGGGACCUUGUGGAGCUAGUAUCCACCUCCCAGGCACCUCACUGGGCUGUGUACGAGCUCAACGACCAGGUGAUACACCUGCAUGAGGGGGAGAUACGGAAGGACAGCCUGACUGAGAUAGGACAGGGCCGGCACGGACGGAUAGUGAACAGCCGCUACCGCUUCCGACCGCUGCCCUCCGACCUGGUUGUGCAGAACGCCGCCGAGCACCUCGGCCUGAACAGCGGGGAGAUCUGCUGGACCAACUCAGAGAGCUUCGCCGCUUGGUGCCGCUUCGGGAAGCGGGAGUUUAAGAAGGGAGGCGAGGCACACUCGGCGCAGCAGCAGUACUUUCUCAAAGUGCACUUUGGCGCCGGAACUCGGAGUGGACACGCACACACGCUGGUGUUCCGUAGCCUCGAAGACAUGAUCUGGGAGCGCAGGCGCGUGGACGCCAGCGGGAUUCUGAAGGAGUUGUCUUUAGGGGUCAAUGGUGGGAAGGAGUGAUUGAUUUUGGAAUUCUAAUUGAAAUGAUAGCCUGUUCCUCUCUCUUCUCCUCAUAUACACACACACACACACACACACACACACACAGCAAGAGAGAGAGAGAAAGAGAGGAAGGAUUGUUGUGUAUGGCUGUCUGCAUGCCGCGGGCAGACUGAGGACGGCUGCUCUGUAACUCUGUUAACACUGAGACAGAUGUUGUGAUCAUCCUGCCUAUGAGAAGAAGAGGAAAUAAUACUAAACCAUUUUGUGGUCAUGUAGACAUUGACGACUGCUCUUGCUUGUUAGAGCAGUUUCUCUCCACCUCUGACAAGUCACCCUGUACCUUUAAAUGCCACAUAGCACACGACUCCACUCGCUUGUUUUUUUAUUAAGGGUAACGGAAUUGUCUGCUCUCUCUCUCUCUCUCUCUCUCUCUGCAUGCUGCUGCUGCGGCAGACUACGGCAAGAGAGAGAGAAAGAAAGAGGGACAGAGAAGGAGAGAUGUUUGUUGGAUUGCUCCGGUUCUAUUUUUUUACUCCUAGCUUUAACAUUACCUAAGAAAACCUGGGACUGAACGAACACACGGAUACACCUAUUCAUGUUGUAGCCUACCAGACAGACAGACAGACGGACUGACAGACAGACAGACAGACAGACAGACAGACAGGCAGGCAGGCAGGCAG